GAAAGCAUAAAAGCAAUCAUAUAUCUCUUCAGCAGUUCAUUUUAUCUUUGGCUCGUUGCAUUGCCUCUCGUAUAAUUUCCUGCUUUAUCAUUCCGUGCGUUAUCUGACGGUAAAUGCGAACUAAGAGAGACACUUCUGCCAAUCAGUUACAAAAUGGCACUCAUCACGGCGUACUGGGGCCUAGACGGCCUGAUAGUUCUAACGACCCUCAUGGUAGCCGCGUACCUUUAUAUGACACGCAAGUUCAACUACUGGAAGAAGAAGGGCGUAAUGGAAGUAAAGCCAAUUCCGUUUCUGGGAAAUUUCGCGGAUUUCCUUAAAAAAGCACCCGGAUACUUUAUAAAGGACCUCUAUGAUCAAGCGAAAGGGGCGCCUUACAUAGGCUUCUAUAUUCUGGACAAGCCGUUUCUGCUGAUACGCGACCGAGAGCUCGUUAAGAAUAUUCUGGUAAAGGAUUUCAAUUACUUCUCCGAUCGAUACGCUUCGCCAGGUACGCAAGACCGUCUCGGUUACUCCAGUCUGUUCUUCAUCAAAAAUCCAGCUUGGAAGGCCUUGAGAACGAAGCUGACGCCAAUCUUCACUUCCGGCAAGCUGAAGAAAAUGUACGAAUUGAUGGAAAUAUGCGGCGAAAAUUUGGAUACGUAUCUCGAUUCGCUGAAGCUAGAAGGUAAAGGAAAGGAGAUAGAAGUGAAAGACCUGGCUGCAAAAUUCACCACCGAUAUAAUCGGCUGCACCGCUUACGGACUCAACGUGAACUCGCUGAACAAUCCGGACGCUGAGUUCCGCAAGUACGGCAAGAUGAUCUUUGAUUACGAUAACGUUCGCGGCUACGAGUUGUUCGCGGUAUUCUUCCUUCCGGAUUUAGCUCGUAUGAUCGGUAUAAAAACUUUCGGCAAGGAUUCCUCCGCCUUCUUGCGUAAGGUAUUCUGGGAGACGAUCAACCAUCGCAUGGAAAGCGGCGAGAAGAGAAACGACCUCAUUGAUAUCCUGAUCGACCUUAAAAAGACUUAUGGCAGUCAAGACAUUGACGGAUUCAAAUUCGACGGGGAUGAUCUAGUAGCGCAAGCAGCCGUUUUCUUCACGGGAGGCUUCGAGACCGCUUCAACGACAAUAGCUUUCACGUUGUACGAACUGACAGUGCACGCAGAUAUUCAGAGCAAACUUAGGAAAGAAAUCUAUGACGCGCUCGAAAAGACCAAUGGCAAAAUCACAUAUGACAUGAUUGUAUCGCUAUCAUAUCUCGACAUGGUGAUCUCUGAAACCUUGAGGAUGUACCCGACACUACCAUUUUUGGAUCGCAUAGCCGUUGACACCUAUAAAAUACCAAACUCCGAUCUAGUACUCGAGAAGGGUAUGCCGGUCUACAUCUCGAUGCUAGGCAUGCACUUUGAUCCGGAAUACUUCCCCGAUCCGGAAAAAUUCGAUCCGGAGCGAUUCAGCGAGGAGAACAAGCGAAACAGACCGCCAUGCGUCUACUUCCCAUUCGGAGAGGGCCCGCGCAUCUGCAUAGGCGCCCGCUUGGGACUUUUGCAAACGAAAUUGGGACUCAUUAAAAUCUUGAGCAAAUACGAGCUCUCACCGAGCGAGAGGACUCUAAUACCGAUGGUACUCAAUCCAAAAGCCCCGCUGACGUCGCCGUUAGGUGGCGGCAUAUACCUCAAUAUUCGAAAAAUUCAUUGUAGACGCGUAGAUGAAGAUAGGCAUUUCUUCAUAAACAGAAUGGCGCUUAUAACCGAUUGUUGGGGCCAGGAUGUAGUGAUAGUUGUCGCGAUUCUGAUAAUAAUAGCAUACCUUUACAUGACUCGCAAUUUCAAGUACUGGCAGAAACGAGGCAUUCUGGAACUAUCACCGACACCUUUCUUCGGCAAUUUCGCACAGUGUUUAUUCCUAAGAAGAGCCCCGGCGGAUUUCUUAAAGGAUCUGUACGAUCGAGCCAAGGGCCUACCAUACGUCGGCUUCUACGUACUUGACAAACCAUUCUUGCUGUUGUGUGAUCGGGAACUCGUCAAGAACAUCAUGAUAAAAGACUUUAAUCAGUUCUCUGACCGAUACAGCGGGGCGAGUCCAACCGAUCGUAUUGGUUACGCCACUCUUUUCUUCCUCCAGAACCCAGCUUGGAAGAUAGUGAGGAACAAGUUGUCGCCGUUCUUCACGUCCGGGAAGCUGAAGAACAUGUUUAACUUGAUGCUGGAAUGCGGAGACAAUCUGGAAAAGUAUCUCGAAUCGUUAGGAUUGGAAGGUGACGGAAAGACGAUCGAAGUAAUCGAGCUAAUUGGCAAAUUUACCACGGACAUAGUCGGCAGUACCGCUUAUGGACUCAAUUGUAACUCGUUUAAGUAUCCCAAUACUGAGUUUCGCAAAUAUGCCAGAAUGAUAUUUACAUACACCUUAAAACGCGCCUACGAGUUACUUUCGGUGUUUUUCUUGCCGCAUAUAGUCCGCAUGUUGAAUAUGCAGGUUUUCGGUAAGGAGACGACGAACUUUAUGCGCAAAGUUUUCUGGGAGACGUUUACUGCGCGCAUGGAGUCCAACAUGAAGAGAAAUGAUCUGAUCGAUAUCUUGGUCGAGCUCAAGAAGACUCAGGGUAAUAAGGAUAUUGAAGGAUUCAAAUUCGAUGGGGACGAUCUUCUGGCGCAACCAGCCAGCUUCUUCUCAGCUGGUUCCGAAACCACCGCAGUUUCAGUGGCUUUUCUACUGCACCAACUCGCGGUGUACCCUGACAUCCAAACCAAGCUGAGAAGCAAAAUCCUUGAUGCGCUCAGCAAGACCAACGGAGAAAUCACGUAUGAUAUGACUAUGUCGCUGCCAUACCUCGAGAUGGUAGUCAGCGAAAGUUUGAGAAUGUAUCCACCAUUAGGAUAUCUGAACCGCAUAGCAAACAAUACUUACAAAAUGCCGAAUUCAGACCUGGUGGUUGAGAAGGGUACGCCGAUUUUCAUUUCGAUGCUCGGCAUGCACUUUGAUCCGGAAUACUUUCCAAAUCCCAAUAAAUUCGAUCCGGAGAGGUUCACGGAGGAGAACAAGCAGAAUCGGCCGUCAUGUGUUUAUUUUCCAUUCGGAGACGGUCCACAUAUGUGCAUAGGAACUCGCUUUGCGUAUUUGCAAAUGAAACUGUCUAUUAUCAAAAUCCUAGCCAAAUUUGAGAUAGUCCCAUGUGAAAAAACUUUGAUACCGAUGGUAAUUGAUCAGAGGGCAGCCAUGACAUCGCCCUUGAAUGGUGUAAUACACCUCAAUAUUCGAAGAGUUAAUACUAAUAGAAAAUAAUGGGACUUCACACAGCCUGUGUAACUUUUAUUAAUCCUUUCGCUCCUAAUACCGAUUAUAUUCCUCAUCUAUGCAAUGGCUUGUAGACUAAAUAUAUAAGGUUAAAUAAAUAUUGUUCUUAUAU